AUGACUUCAAAACGGCGGCGUGGGCCGGUCCACGUCUUUGUGCUUCUCGUGGCCUUGCUCUUCCUUCGCUGCCCUUCGUCCUUUGCGACGGUGUCCAAGGGUGAAAGGACGGCCCCAACGGCCCCGAAGGUGUUGCCCUCGCACUUGACGCGGCGUAUCAAAGUGGCCGGCUCCAAGACUCAGGUGCUGGGGAUUUUGAAGGCGGAGAGCAAGCGGUUGAACUUGAUUUCGGUCACCGCAGCAUGGAGCAAGCUCGCACAAGUCGGGGGCGGCGAUGUGAGCCAAAGCCCAUUCUGGCCAAAGUUUCUUCGCCUGACAAGGUCUUUGCUGCGUAAGCCGCCUGCCGACGUGCGCGCAGUAGCAAACAUCUUCUGGGCCGCUGCAAAGCUGCAGGGUUCCUUGCAGCCGCCCGAGCUGCAGUCAUGUUUGCUCGGCGGCGUCAAGAAGACCGCGGAGCAAAUGAAUGCCCAGGAGGUGGCCAAUGUGAUCUGGGCCUUGGCCACGGUGUGCCCUUCCCCCAACUGUGAGCCGCUGCGCGUGUUGCCAGCGCUGGCGACGAGGCUCCCGCUGGUCGUCUCUGAGAUGAGGGCUCAGGAGGUGGCCAGCAGCAUUUGGGCCAUCGCGCGGCUUGCCGCCAAUGGGCGCUCCGAGGAGCUGCUGGGCAUGUUGCCGUUCUUGGCGGAUCGCGUGCCGCAGGUGACCUCCGAUAUGACGGAGCAAUCCGUGGCCACUGUGAUCUGGGCAGUGGUGAAACUUUCGCAGGUGGGCAUUCGGACCGGGGAGGGCUUGCUGCCUGUGGUGGCAGCAAGGAUUCCCGCAGUGAUCUCGAAGAUGCAGGCGCAAGCGGUUGCCAACGUGCUGUGGGCCGCCGGCCAGCUGGCCCGGCGCCCGACGUCGCCGUAUUCCUUCCGCGCGCUGCUGCCGGACUUGGCGGCACGCGCCAGGGUGGUGCUGAGAAGGGCCAAGCCGCAGGAGAUCGCCAACAUGUGCCGUGGCCUGGCGUUGGGCGAGCACAGAGACCCUGACUUCCUGCAAGCCGUCGCAGCUCAGAUCCAGCAAGCUGGCACAUGGAGCAAGGUUGAUGCAGAGCGGAAUUUGCCGCAAGUGCUUUGGUCCUUUGCAAGACUGCAAGAUCUGCAAGAGUUGCCAGACAAUGAGGAGCUUCUGCUGGCUGUGGCCAGGAAGUUGUCUGUGCUGGACAGCAUGAACGACUGGGGACUCUGCGCGUUGACCUGGUCAUACCAGCAGCUGGACAUCUGCGACACCUGCCUUGAUUUCCACCAGGACUUGGCGAUGGCCGUGGCGCUGCGGAAGUUCUCACGGGCAGAUGUGGAGCGCAGCUCCCUUGGGCCGGAUGUUUGGCGAUAA